UGCAUUGACUAAAUUGUUCGCAACUGUGAUUCAAUUAUCUUACUAACAUGACCCACUGCAUUUUAAACCUUCUAGCUUGCACAAACUAGGCGUAAAGUAAUUAUCGUUACCCGCUUCUCAUAAAUACCGACCGCUCUGCUGAGAUCGUUGCAGUCAACCAACAACGCAACCACUCAGACAUAGUUCAAGAUCAUGGCUCCGUCAAAGCUCAAGUUAGCCCUGCUCCAGCUGGACAGCUUCCCGACCAAACAGGCGGCGAUCGCAAACGCCCUCACUCAAAUCAGGAGUGCCGCCAAGGACAAGGGCGCCAAGCUGAUAAUCCUGCCCGAAUGCUGGAACUCGACGUACAGUGCGGAUGAAUUUGGGCGAGCUGCCGAGAAGAUUCCCGGUGGGGAGACAAGCGUAGCCUUGGCUAACACCGCAAAAGAGCUCGGUAUCUGGUUGGUCGGUGGAACCUAUCCCGAGGUGGACGCCGGAAAGGUUCACAACACGUGCGCCGUUUUUGGACCGCAGGGAGAGUUCGUCGGAAAGUACCGCAAGAUGCAUCUCUUCGACAUGGAUAUUCCUGGAAUUUGCACGUUCAGCGAGUCCAGCGUGUUGACUCCUGGUCAGGAGUUUCUGACGUUCUCCGUUGAGGGCCUCAAUGUCGGCAUCGGUAUCUGCUACGAUCAACGCUUCCCGGAGUUUGCGGCCAUUCAUCGACAGCUGGGCACGGACUUCCUGAUCUUCCCGUCGGCCUUCGAUACCUACACCGGUCCGAUGCACUUCGAGUUGAUAGCGCGGGCUCGUGCGCUGGACAACAGCAUGUUCGUGGCGUUGUGUGCCCCGGCCAGAGAUACCAGUAAGGACUACGUGGCGUACGGGUAUUCUACUCUUUGCGAUCCCUGGGGAAGAGUGGUUUGCAGAGCUGGAGAACAUCCGGAAAUGUUGGUAGUGGACUUGGAUCUGACGCUACUGGAGGAUAUCAAGAAGAAGAUUCCCGUACUUAAGCAGAAGCGGAACGAUGUGUACGAGUUGGUUAGGAAGAAGUGAUUGAAUUCCAAUCAGUAUGCGCAAAUCAUCGAACCGCGUUGAAGUGCAUACGCAUAUCUAGACAUUUAAAACAGACGUUUUACUUACUCUGUUCUUCAAUCACAAUUAGCAGCAAUAAAAAAACACAACUCUUCAGCAUAAAAGCAAUAAAUUUCACAUUUCAGUGGUGCAUAAAACAAGCGCGAUUGGUAUCAUUCGGAGCGCCAUGCCGUUGGCCUCGAACGAAUUGUCUACAGUCCCCGCAAUCCACGUGCCCAGGUGUGAAUUCCUUAAGAGCGGUAGCACGCGAGCGUGGAACUUGGAACAUGACGAACCUGCCACAACAAUAGUGGUGUAGAUGGCCUGGCAAAUGGAAGAGGGGGGAGGUGGAUUAAAUGAUCGCUUGAUGAAUUGAUGAAUUCAUUAGUUGUAAAUAGUCAGUACCCUGAUAUGCUGUAGCCUUAUACUGAGAGUAUCCGAAUUUAGAUUUUUUUUUAAUCCGUCUGUCAAGAACUGGAAUAAAUAUUCCACAUGCCUUGUAUUCGAAUAAUCUUCCAGAACAGGGCACCAUUAAACGGAUGGACUAAGCUUAACACCCAAAUUUGAGCAUGGAUUGGCACAACAGUACAGUCCAGAUUCUCAGAAUCGAAUCACAAAUAAAAAUGUUGUCUUAUU